CACUAACAGCAUGUCUGACAUUAAAACAAUAACAGAAAACAUAGCAUCAUACUGAAAUAAAGAUAACAUAACAGGCAUGACUUCCCUUUCAGUUGGUUGAUACAUUCAACAUGGUAACAGGACAAAGAGUAAAAGUAAUAAUAAUAAAAAUAAACAAAAUAAUAAUAUAAAAUAAUAACUUAAGAGAAAAGCUAGGCAAUAAAAUCUGAUUCCUUAAAAAAAUAUUGGAGCAUACUAAUUGUGCACAUUUCUUAUUGCUUAUAAGUUGGAUAGUCCAAAUAUUACUUUAAUACUAAAUCAUGAAAAGUUCAAACGAUGGGCGAGACCUGGAGAACUUGAAUUCAUGGUUGCGAAAUGUUCCCAUUAAAUGAAUAAACAGAAUCUCUAGUCUUGUUUUGAUAGUACAGGGUUACAUCCAUAAGUUACAGCCUCUGCUUCCAGCCCCUUGAAAGUCAGCGGAUUGCUUCCAUAGACUGUAUAAAAUAGGUGCUUCCCCUUUAACACGUGCUGCUGAUGACGCCACCUGCUGUUCAACAGGCACCACAACAAGGAAGUACUUGGAGACUCCGGUUCAACUCGUCUGGACGGUGUUUUGAGCAAAUGUCGUCCUCGUAGCCCAGGAUGCCAGUUGAAAGCCAGGAGGAGAGGUCGGUGGAGGUACUGGCGCUUCCUGAGGAAGUGGAUGAGGAGCUGCUGUAUCUGUACUUUGAGAAUAAGCGGCGAUCUGGGGGAGGUCCACUCCUCUCUGUGGAGAAGAAUGGUGACCGUGCCUUGCUGGUGUUUGAGGAGGCAGAAGCUGCAGCCCAAGUGCUGUCUAAAGGGCACCAUGUUCUGCAUAAUGUUGAGCUGAGUGUGAGAAAGCCUGCCUCAAAGGACCGAUACAGGCUGCUGCUGCGAGGGAUCAACCCCAACACCAGCACUGAGAUGAUAGAGCUCUAUGUGGAGAACAUGAUUGGGUUAAACUUGUCAGAAUACACUCUGUAUCCCUCAACGGGGAGAGAUCUCAUUCUUAUUCACCUCAGCCAACCGUUCUCCAAAGAUUUACAAAACCUUAAUGCAAGAAUCGCCAGGCGGGCACUUGAUGGGGCCAAGGUAACUCUUGAACAGAUUGAGCAAACAGACUCCAUUUUAGUGGACAACCUGCACCCAGGCAUCACUUCAGACAUGCUCAGUUUGUACUUUGAAAGCAAGCGAGGCGGGAAUCAGAAGGUGAAGGAGGUCACCAUGCUUUCAGAGGGUACAGCCAAGGUGUCGUUUGUCAACUGCGAAUCUGUGGACCCAGUUCUGGAUCACUCACACAAGCUGGAUGAUUCUGAGCUCUUAGUGAAGCCAUAUUUUGACUUUCUUCAUCCUGCAGAAAGGGUACCAUCACCAAACUCUGAAAUUGGGAGCAAAGAUAUGACUGAGAGCAACUCUGCGGAUAUGAGUGAUAUUCAAAUGCAGACUCUUCCUCCCAUAGAGGCCAGUGCCAACAGCCACACUGACCUCUUUCAGACGACCUUGGAACCUCUUGCCACCCCUGAAGUGGUUGAGGAGGUUGCAGACGAAGUCAUGGAGGAUCAAACAGAGGACAUAGCUACACCAUCGAGCCAUAUUGCUAUAACUGACCCAGCAAAACUUGCUUUGUUUCAACCCAGCACCCUUCUACAGGACAUUGAAAAGGCUCACCCAGAUUUCACCAUACAAAUCAGAGAUGAUGGUGUGCAUGUUGCUGGACUUGACACACAAAUAUUGGAGCAGAUAAAGCACACCAUCUUGGAUUUUUUUGCCAAUGUGGCUGAGAUUCAGUUUACCCUCAAGCCAGAAGAAGCUCAGCUCCUUUCCAGAAAAGAUGUAAAAGAGCGGCUAUUUCAAACUAUGAAUCAAAGUGGGUUGCCCGCUGUGUACACUGUAUCAGACUGUAAUGUGGCUGUAUCAUCACUAUCCCAGAACUUUGCUAACCAAGCAUGUAGCUUUUUGAAAUCCCAACUUUGUCACUUCAGCAUACCAGUGGACAAGGAGUAUGAAUGCAUGUUAUAUUGCAGAGAGUGGUCCGAGUUCCUUCAGGCUCUGGGUUUCUCCUCUGUGUCAGAACAAGGAGGGAAUAUAGAUGUGUUGACUCUGAAAGGGAUGGAGAGUGAGAAGCAGACUGCUAUCCUGAAGUUUCUCACUACACCCAUUGAAAGGGAGACAGUCAUCUCCAUGGAGCCAGGCAUGCUGAAAUACAUCCAGAUCCAUUGUCAUCAGCUCUUGGCUGAAAUGGACCAAGUGUCUAUUUUUCCACUAGAAGCAGAAGACGUCUGUGGGUUAAAGAUCCAUGGCCAUGCUGCAGCUUGCCAAAUGGCUGAGGAAUUGCUGCAAAGUGUGGUCUCCUCUCUCUGCACCAGAACCAUCACAGUAAAUGUUCCAGGAGUGGCUCGCUUUCUCUGCGAUGAGGAAUGCAAGAGCAUCAUGAAGCAGAUGGAGACCAAGUUUCAGGUCUACGUCAGCCCAAAGCAGUUGCCCUGGGAACCUCUGCCACACCAGGACAUUUUUGAAACUGCAUGGAACAUGAUGUCCUAUAAAAAAUUCCAGGAAGUGUCUAUAGAUGGUUCUCUACAGGAGUUAAAAUCGGAUUCAAUGCAAACAGAUCUUAAUGGAACUACAGACAGAGGCCUUUUAGAGGAUGCAAAGAAAAUUGUCUCAGCCAUUGAAGAAAGACCCGAAGACAGUGUGUCCAAUUCAGAUCCAAAGGAUGACAUGGAGGAUUUGGACCUGUACACAGCAGAGGAACCGACCAGCCUGUCAGAACUUAAGUCUGAUGUGACAGAUGUUGAUGCUCCUCAGCCUUUAACUGAAGGGAAUGCUACAGGUGGGUUACUCCUGCCAAGUGAUGGAGGCCUGGGCCUUUCUAGCAAUCUGGAAGAAGAGGCCCAACUGUCUCUAGCCAUCCAGUACUCUAUGGAGUCCAGCCAUUGGUCUUUGGAGGAUGAGGAGCAACAGCUGCAAAAAGCCUUGGAGUUGUCCAAGAAAAUGAUCCAAUGUGAAGGCUCCUCUAGUAGUGCUAACAAGUCCCCCCAGGUGGAUCAACCGGAGAAGGAUUGCGAUAUUAGCUUACAAGACACCAUCAAGGCAGCUAACACAAUCCAGAUAGUUGUGUUUGCAGGUUACAACUGUGACCUGAUUCGGGUGGACAUAGCUUUCGGGAAGAAGGUAAACCAGAGGCAGGUUGAGGAGAAACUGGAGCACCGGAGCAUGAAGAACAUGUCCGAUUACCACAAGAAGUGUCUGGAAUUGAUCAAGAGGAAGCACGCAGUUGAGAUUCAAGUUGUAGGUACCAUAAUCACUGUUUCUGGCUUUAACGACUAUGUGGCCGGAGCAAUGCUGGAUGUGAAGCUGCUGCUGGAGAAAAUACCCAAUUGGAUAUUGGACCGGGAAAUCCUGAGGACUGUCCAGUGGGUGCAUCAUGAUCCAGACUCCCCAGACAAGAUUCCUUAUUCACCCGAUGCUACAGUGUUCAUCGAGAACGCUUGGAGGAUGAAGCUGAAAACAGUUGAUGUUUUGCUCAACAAUCAGCCCCACAUUAUCAGUUUUGAAAAGAUGCAGGAAUACAACAAAGCUUCGGGGAAAUCUGCGAAAAUCUCCAGGAAAUUGCUUAAUUUAGGAGAUUUGGAGGAGGAUGUACCAGAAGAGGAAUACUCCCUGCUAUCAAACCUGCCUGAAGCAACAAAAGUCAAUGAGGAAUCUGAUGAAUUUCAGAAUGUGGUGAAGAAUUUCUAUGAGACCAUACAGGAAUACCACAGCAAGAUCAGAAUCAUACAGGUGGAGAAGUUAAUGAAUCGAUUGCUGUACAAUCAGUACAAGCUAAAGAAGGCAAGCGUUCUGCAGCGAGCAGAGUACCCGGAAAUUGAACGGACACUCUACCACGGCACUAGUGAGACGAGCGUGAAAGAGAUUUGCGUCCACGGAUUCAACAGAAGUUUCUGUGGAAAGAAUGCCACUGUCUAUGGCCAGGGGGUGUAUUUUGCUGUCAACUCUGCACUGUCUGUCCAGGAUCAGUACUCGCCCCCAAACGCAGACGGACACAAGUAUAUUUUCGUGUCAAAGGUCCUAACAGGAGACUUCACUAAAGGUUGCCAUUCAAUGAAGACAGCCCCGCUGAAGGAGACCAGUGAUAUUCCCCUCAGAUAUGACAGUGUGACAGACGACAUUACCAAGCCAUCAAUGUUUGUCAUUUUCAAUGAUACACAGGCUUAUCCAGAAUAUCUCAUUACAUGCCAGAGAAUCCACCGCUGAGGGAAUGGACUAUUAGUUAGAUUAUUGACUGUGAGAUUUUGAAGAAUGGACUGCUUUUGUCUAAUGUUUCUGCCUUGAUUUUUAAAAAGUGCAUUUGAUUUAUAAAAGGGCUAAUGUGUUAUGGUGUACAGUUGGGAUUUUUCUUUCAUCAUAUUGUUUCUGAUCAACAUUUCAUCAAGUUCUUUACUGUUGACUGUUUCAUCAGUUGCUCUAUUUUCAGUUUUUCAGUUUACAACAGAAAGACAAAUAGCUGAACUGAAAAAAACAAACAGAGAAUUAUUUUAAUUGAGUAACUUUAAACAUGCCCCGUAAGCAUACUCAGUCUUUAAAUAGGUGUGACUCAGCAGUUAUUACAUGACGUUACAUUUGUAGUAAUUGGUUUGGCAGAUCUUAUCACUUGAACUUGGAAGCAUCCAAAGUGUGUUGUAAUCAACCAUAAAUAUUUUGCUACAGAUUGUUCUUGAUUUUCCCUUGUACAUUGAAAUUGUAUUAAUGUCAAUAUAUAUACAGAUAUGUAUAACUGGUAGUUAACAGUGCUAGAUUCAUUGCUGUCUAACAUUAAUUACCUGUAGGAGGUUGAUGUGAACUUUUCUCAGUUUUUUCUUUCCCAACUUGACUGUAUUCCUACAAUCUGAAGUAGCUCUUUACUGUCUAGCAUCUGCAGUUUUUUCUUGUGGCCAUCUGAGAAAAGUUGAUAUAGCUCAGAGAAAAGCUCCUGAAUGUAGUAAGAGUAAACUACAGGGUAUGUUGGAAAAUUAGCAGUCCCAGAUCCACUGCUUGACAGUAAAAAAAAAAAGAAAAAACCUUAUUGAAAGAAAUGAUCACCGUGAUAACAAA